AUGGAAGAAAGUACCAAUGAUUUGCUAAAGAAGUUGUUGAUUGACAAUCAGCAACUCAAGACCGACUUCAAAAAUCUUGAGAGGCAAAUGGGGCAGUUAGCAACAAAUCAAAACACUAGACUUGCAGGCGCUCUCCCCAGUGAUAUAGAAAAGAACCCUCAAGUGAAUGCAAUUACACUUAGAAAUGGGAGGGAGCUAGAGGAAGUGCCAAAGAAAAAGAAAGACAAGCCCAUACCUGAGGGAGAGUUGAUCCCCAAAGUGACUCACGAGCCAAAGAAUGUUGCUGAAAUUACAGAGCCAGUGGAGGCCCCAAGGCCACCACCACCUUUCCUCCGGAGAUUGCAGAAAAAAAAUGAUGAUCGCAUGUUCACAAAAUUUUUCUCUAUAUUGAGCCAGGUUCAAUUGAAUAUACCACUUGUUGAUGUGCUUCGUGAAAUUCCAAACUUCACGAUUCAUGUGCGCAUUGGUAAUAUUGAUGUGGGUCAUGCUCUUUGCGAUUUGGGGGCGAGCAUAAAUCUGAUGCCCUUGUCUUUGUUCAAACAAUUGGGCCUGGGAGCUCCAAGGCCCACUACUGUGACGUUGCAGCUGGCUGAUAGAUCGAUAGCUUACCCUGAAGGGGUGAUUGAAGAUGUGUUGCUGCAGAUUGGGAAAUUCAUCUUCCCUGCUGAUUUCAUUAUCCUCGAUUAUGAGGCUGAUGAACUGGUUCCAAUCAUAUUGGGGCGACCUUUCUUAGCUACUGGUGAUGCAAUUAUCAAAGUGAGAGAGGGAAAGAUGAUUUUGAGGGUAGAUGAUGAGGAAGCAGUUUUUAAUGUCUACAAAACAAUCCAACUUCCCCGCCACUAUGAGGAGCUCUCAAUGAUAUCUGUUGUUGAGGCUGAUGAGCAGAUUCAUUAUUCGAGUGUAUAUCUAGACGAUUCUCUAGAUAAAGCACUUAUGUUGCUUGAUAGCCUGGGGGCUGACGAGGAGGCUGAGGAGAUGAUGCACAUCCUAGAUACAUCUUGUGCGUACAUACAAGGGAUACACCCCUUUGAGCCUUUGAAUAAUCCAGAGGGACCUCCUCCAAAGCCGUCAAUUGAGGAAGAAGAAAAGCUGUUGAGAGUGCUACAUGAGCUCAAGCGAGCAUUUGGGUGGACGAUGUCUGACAUUAAGGGCAUUAUCCCAGCCUUUUGCAUGCACAAAAUCCUCAUGGAGGACGGACACAAGCCCAGUGUAGAGCAACAAUGCCGACUCAAUCCAAUUAUGAAAGAGGUUGUAAGAAAAGAAGUGAUUAAGUGGCUUGAUGCAUGUAUUGUAUUUCCUAUCUCAGACAGCAAAUGGGUGGACAAGGCAAAGGUGGAAGCAAUUGAAAAAUUGCCCCCACCGAUAUCUGUCAAAGGCAUUCACAGUUUCUUGGGCCAUGCAUUUGAGGAGCUGAAAGGAAGGUUGGUGACUGCACCAAUCAUAAUUGCUCCGGAUUGGGAGCAGCCAUUUGAGUUGAUGUGCGAUGCGAGUGACUUGGCUAUUGGAGCUGUUUUGGGGCAAAGGAGAAAUAAAAUCUUCCAUUCCAUCUACUAUGCGAGCAAAACUCUGAAUCCAGCUCAGAUAAACUACACAGUCACUAAAAAAGAGUUGCUUGCCGUGGUGUGGGCGUUUGACAAGUUCAGGUCAUAUCUAGUGGGGACCAAAGUCAUCGUCUACACAGAUCAUUCAGCUAUCAGAUACCUAUUUAAUAAGAAAGACGCCAAGCCGAGACUGAUUUGGUGGGUCCUCCUCUUGCAAGAGUUUAACCUAGAGAUCCGAGAUCGCAAAGGAAUAGAGAAUCAAUUAUUGGCAAUCACCUCAAGCACAGCCCUGUGGUAUGCAGAUUAUGUGAACUUUAUUGCAAGUGGGGUGACACCACCAGAAUUAACACCCGAUAAUAGAAGAAGGUUCCUGCAUGAUGUGAGGCUUUAUAUGUGGGAUGAGCCAUUCUUAUACAGGCUCUGUGCAGAUCAGUUGGUGCAAAGAUGUGUUCCUGAGGAAGAGAUGAAUGCCAUACUUCAUAGCGGUCACACCUCACCAUACGGAGGUCAUCAUGGUGGAGACAUGACCGCCCAGAAAGUGCUACAAUCAGGUUUCUAUUGGCCAAAAUUAUUUAGGGAUGCACACGCCUUUGUUAAAAUGUGUGACAGGUGCCAAAGAACCGGAACGAUCACAAAGAAGCACGAGAUGCCACUGCAAAACAUUCUGGUGGAGGCCAUUGCUCUUCCCACUAAUGAUGCAAAGGUUGUGGUAAGCUUUGUUAAGAAGCACAUCUUCACACGCUUUGGAACUCCCAAAGUGUUGAUCAGUGAUGGAGGAACGCAUUUCUGCAACAAACUGCUGAAUAAUGUUCUUGCAAAGUACGGAGUCAAGCACAAAGUUUCCACUGCCUAUCACCCCCAGACGAGCGGUCAAGUGGAAGUGUCAAAUAGAGAGGUAAAGCGGAUUCUUAAGAAAACAGUGAGUGCAAAUAGAAAAGACUGGGCAAGGAAGUUAGAAGACGCAUUGUGGGCAUAUCGAACUGCAUACAAAAAUCCCAUAGGAAAGCUUAAAUCUCGUUGGUCAGACCCUUUUGUUGUGGUAAGUGUGAAGCCUCAUGGAGCUGUGGAGUUGCGGGAUAUGAGCUCAACUGGUAUUUUCUUGGUGAAUGGUCAAAGGAUAAAACAUUACUGGGGUGGUGACUUUGCACGUCACAAGACCUCGGAAGAGCUAACCAAUGCAGGUGACAAAGGGCAGGUGCUAAGGCCAUCGAACGGGGUAAGAAUAGGUGAAAAGUUGAAGAAAAAAAUUGCCCAGGUGCGUGAUACUGGGCACGCUAAACUGCAAAGUUUCUACCUUGGCCGCACACCUGAUCAUGCUAUUGAACGCGCUACUAGCGCGACCGCGCUACUGGAUGCGCAUCUGUGCGCACUAGUAGCUCUUGGGUUCUCCAAUGCUCAGGCCCAUUUUGGGGAAAAGGCUCGUAAAAUGCCAAUUCUGGAGAGAGGUAUUAACGUCAGACAGCUCCAAAGACACUGCCCUCACAUGUACGAGGAGUUGGUGAGGCGGGGGUUGCACACAUUCAUCAAUGAGCCCGGUGAAGGCAAUGCAAUGGUUGUGCGGGAAUUUUAUGCGAAUGUGGCGGAGCAUGAUAAUGGAGUAGCCAUGGUGCGCCGAAGGGCAGUGAGUGCUUCUGUUGAGGCGAUACAGAUGGCCUACCAGCUGCCUCUACCUCCGGUUGGUUAUGAUGACUUCUAUGAAUACGACCGCAACCCAACGAACGAAAAAUGGGCACGAUUCUUUGAGACAAUUUGUGCACCCGGGAAAGAAGUGGUCUAG